AUGACGGGUGGUCACACCAAGCCCUCCCUGUCUGCCUGGCCAAGCUCUGUGGUUCCUCAAGGAAGCCGUGUGGUUAUUCAGUGUGACUCUAGUCUUCAGUUUCUCAGAUUUAGGCUGUAUAAAGAAGAUGGGGGUCACAUCCCUGGGCUCCAGGACAAAACAUUCCGGAAAACGUUUCUCAUACACCCAGUGACCCCAGCGCAUGGGGGAACCUACAGAUGUUAUCUUCAUACUCACUACCCUAAUUCGUUGUUAGCACCCAGUGAUCCCCUGGUAAUCACGGUCACAGGAGUCUACAGAAAACCUUCUCUCUUGGCCCAGCUGGGUACCCUGGUGAAAUCAGGAGGGAACUUGACCCUGCAAUGCUUCUCAGAGAUGGUAUUUGAGAAGUUCAUUCUGGUUCAGCACAGAUCAGGGGCAACUGAGAACACUUUGUACCUUGCUGGGGAACUCCAUCAUGGGAGCUCCCAAGCCAACUUCUCCAUGAAUCCAGUGACAUCUGCUCAUGCAGGGACCUACAACUGUUAUGGUUCUGUCAGAAGGGUGAGUCCUUCUAAACUUGCGAUCUCUUUGUUCCUAGGAGUCUACAGAAAACCUUCUCUCUUGGCCCAGCUGGGUACCCUGGUGAAAUCAGGAGGGAACUUGACCCUGCAAUGCUUCUCAGAGAUGGUAUUUGAGAAGUUCAUUCUGGUUCAGCACAGAUCAGGGGCAACUGAGAACACUUUGCACCUUGCUGGGGAACUCCAUCAUGGGAGCUCCCAAGCCAACUUCUCCAUGAAUCCAGUGACAUCUGCUCAUGCAGGGACCUACAGAUGUUAUGGUUCUGUCAGUCACUCCCCCUAUGAGUGGUCAGCCCCCAGUGACCCUCUGGACAUUGUGAUCACAGGUCUAUAUGAGAAGCCUUCUCUCUCAGCCCAACCAGGACCCAUGGUUAUGUCAGGAGAGAAUGUGACCUUGUCCUGUGGCUCUAAGAGCUCUUUUGACAUGUACCAUCUAUCCGGGGAUGGGGAGGCCCCUGAACGCAGGCGCCCUGCAGUGUGGAGCCGCAAUGGUACAUUCCAGGCUGACUUCGCUAUGGGCCCCAUGACCACAACUCACUGUGGGACCUAUAGAUGCUACGGGUCUUUCAGUGGCUCCUCCUAUCUGUGGUCAGCCCCAAGUGACCCAACGCACCUUUCUAUCACAGGAAACUCUUCAAGCUGUUGCCCUUCACCCACAGAGUCAAGCUCCAAAAAUGAUAACUCCAGCUCCCUGCAUGUUCUGAUUGGACCCUCAGUGGUCACCAUCCUCCUUGCCAUCCUCCUUUUCUUCCUCAUUCGUCGCUGGUGUCCUGCCAAAAAGAAUGCUGCUAUGGUGGGCCAGGAACCUGAGGUGAACAGAACAGUGAAAAGGGAGGACCCUAAAGGAGAAGACCCACAGGAGGUGACAUAUGCACAGUUGGAUCAUUGGAUUUUCACACGCAAAAAAAUCACUCCCACUUCCCGGAGGCCCAAGGAACCUUCAACAGAUACUAGUAUGUAUGUGGAACUCGCAAAAUCCUGA